UUCUUAUAACCUUCCCUACCUCAUCACCUCUCUUUGAUCUCUCAACAUCCAUAUCUUCUCCUUCUUUGAGUUUCUUUUUUAAUCUUCUCCUAGCUUGACGUCAUGAUAAAGAUACUCAAUCCUCAUUCGCACCAUUCUCACUCUACAACAACUCUUAAAACAGCUGAGAUCUUGUCUAAAUACAGACCCAUUGCUCCUAAGCCCGGGACGCCUCGUGUCAACGACGAUGACCCUUCUUCCUAUAUGUCUCACAAGAUCAGCCAAUCUCCUUACCUUCGUAACCUAUGGCCUCAGCUUCAAGCGCAGCCUACAAGAACCCGUAAGCGAGGACGAGGUGGGAUGGGUCCUUCUUCUCUUGCUAUGAAGAGACCGAAGUCAUCAUGUGUUUCCUCGCCCACUUCUUCUACCACUACUACUACUACUACGCAACGUGUUAUUGGCCCAAUUAAAACGCUGUCGUUUCAGGCUUUCACUCAUCAUGGUUUACCUAACCUCACUCAAGUUGGCUACGCGUUGGAGAAUGGUGGCUCUUCUGCUUUGGUGACUCUGCCUCUUCUUCAAUGCUCUCCUCCUCUUCCCUCCAAAUGCAUGGAGCCAGAGAUCAAAGGAAAGGGUGUCAUUGAUCUAAACAAUACAGCGGAAGUAGUACAAGAGAUAGAUUUCUUGAAGCAACUACAAGGACCCAUCACCACAACUACAAUCACAACAAGCGGAGUCAUUUCACCCCAGCCUAUAAGGCCGGUUUGCUCAAAGAUCAACGUAGCAUACAUAAACCCACUAACGAACCCAUCUCCACUGCCUCAAACCAACAAGAAAACUCCAAGUGAGGUCGAAGAGGAAGUAGAGUCCGACGAAUUGCCCUCUGUGAUCACCGAUUCCAGCAACAGGGUCAGAGUCGUGAACUCGGCGUACAAGGAGAUGAUGGGGCAGCCCGAGUGCUCGUGGCUCGAUUCGAUGGUGAGAGGGAAGAGGAUCUGUGGAGAAGUGAUGAUCCAUUUUUGUGAAUCCAAAAUUCCGGUGAUGAAUGAGAACAAUGGUUUCUCUUGCUGGGUGAGGAUAGAGUGGGAAAGAGAAGGUAAGGAGGAGUACAUGCACGCGUUUUGUGAUGUUACGAAACUUGCAUGUGACUCCAAAGAUUAUGUCUUUACGUGGAGGUUUCACCCAACAACGGACCGCAGAGAGACUUGUCGGUCAAGCUGCAACGUUUAGUUUAGGUUUUGAGUAUGUGUGUUACCAUCUUUAGUAGUCCUUUAGCGUAAUGAUAUAUCCUCUAUAGACUAUAGCUAAUAUGUAAAUGUUGGUUAGUUAUAAUUUCUGCUGUUAAAAUACAGUAUGAAUUAAGAAGAAAAAGUUCCUCGUUUCAGAAUGGUUUAAUAAUC